GGGGUUUUGGAAUGAGCGGGCGUGUCAAUCGCGCGCUGCGAUGCUUGGCGCUGCUUCCAGGCCAUCGGCGAUCUGCUGCGGGAUUUUGCUCCACGCAGUUCGAGACCGACAGCGAAGAUAAUCUCUACAACGAGGACGAGGCAUCGAAGGACAAGAACUUCUCAAGAUCCGCGACGUACAACACAUUUGGACUCUACAAGGCAGUGCUCGUAGGACAAGUCGGGUUUGGUCCGUUCGAAAAAAUUCUCGGCGAUGGGAGAGCUCUCACUUUGUUCUCCAUUGGAACCUCGGGCCUUAUCAGACCACCGAAUUACCCCGAGCAGAUCCAGUGGCACAAAGUGGCUGUUUACCCGGAACGCCUUCGAGAGAUCGCGAGGCAAAUCAGUAAAGGACGUAGAGUCUACCUCGAAGGGAAUAUGGAGGUGAGGAUUUUCAACGACUAUGUCACUGGUGCUGUCAAGCAAAUACGAGAGAUCUCCGUAAGGCAUGAUGGCCAGCUGAUUUUGCUCGAAGACAAGAAUCCCCCGAGAAAGCUUACGCUUCCCACGAUGGCGUACACACCAGCUGCUGUCACAAACUCUCCGCUCGAUCCUUGUCAAGAAGAAGCACUCGAAGAUAAUGUUAUUCUACCCAGGUAGAGCUCUCAGUUUCAGGCUGACAUUCAUCUGUUGAUAUAGCGCACGAGAAGAGAAUGUUUUUAAAGUCU